AUGAAGAAUCUUGGCUUGUUUGGAAUUCUCCUGUUUUUCUCCCUCUUUGUCUCGACCCGUAUAGUUUCUGUUUCUUGUCUAAACUCAGAUGGGUUAACUCUACUCUCUCUUCGGAAGCAUUUCGACAAAGUGCCACCAGAAUUAACUUCAACAUGGAAGACAAAUGCAUCUGAGGCGACUCCAUGUAACUGGUUUGGUAUCAUCUGUGAUGAUUCCAAGAAGGUUACAUCUCUCAACUUCACCGGCUCAGAGGUUUCAGGCCAAUUGGGUCCUGAAAUCAGGGAGCUCAAAAGCUUAGAGAUUUUGGAUAUGAGCUCAAACAAUUUCUCUGGGUUCAUAUCUUCCAGUUUAGGAAACUGUAGCUCACUGGUGUAUAUAGAUUUGUCUGGAAAUGGGUUCUCUGGUAAGAUCCCAGAUACUCUUGGUAGCUUGAAGAGCUUGGCUGAUCUUUAUCUUUACAACAACUUCUUCACCGGCGAAUUGCCUAAAUCCUAUAAGCUGGAGAUUUUGUAUUUGCACAAGAACAAGUUAGUUGGUUCAUUGCCUGCAAGUCUCAACCUUCUGGAGAAUCUCACUGACCUGUUUGUUGCUAACAACAGCCUACGAGGAACAGUUCGAUUUGGUUCAACCAAAUGCAGGAAUUUGGUGACUUUAGAUUUGUCAUACAAUCAAUUCGAAGGCGGUGUCCCUCCUGAAUUGGGUAGUUGCAGUAGCCUUGACGCUUUAGUCAUUGUGAAAAGCAACUUAUCAGGUACAAUCCCUUCAUCAUUGGGUAUGUUGAAGAAUCUCACAGUUCUCAACCUUUCCGAGAAUCGUCUCUCUGAAAGUAUCCCUGCGGAAAUCGGAGACUGCACCAACUUAAACACAUUGAAGCUCAACGAUAACCAGCUUGGAGGCAGGAUACCAAGUGCAUUAGGAAAACUACCUCUGGAAAUAGCUGAGCUCAAGAAUCUAAAGAUCGUUACGCUCUUCAACAACAGCUUUAAUGGAGUAAUAUCACCCGGUUUAGGUCUGAAUAGCAACUUAGAGAUUGUGGAUUUCAUUGGUAACAAAUUCACAGGAGAGAUACCGCCAAAUCUCUGCCAUAGAAAGAUGUUGACAGUGUUUAACUUAGGAUCAAAUCGGCUUCACGGAAAAAUCCCAACAUCUGUUGGUCAGUGCAAGACUCUAAGCAGAUUCAUCCUUAGAGAAAACAACCUUUCAGGCCCUCUUCCUGAGUUUUCUCAGAAUCAUGAUCUUUCUUUUCCCGACUUCAAUAGCAACAACUUCGAAGGACCAAUCCCUCGAAGCCUCGGGAGCUGUAGGAAUCUCACGACCAUCAUUCUGUCUCGAAACAAACUCACUGGACAGAUACCUCAAGAACUUGGGAAUCUACAACACCUUAGUCACCUGAAUCUUGGGUUUAACUUAUUACACGGUACAGUUCCUUCAAAGUUUAGUAACUGGAAAUAG